AUAACUAACAAACUUAUAUACCAGGUUCUACUGGACGUUUCUAAAAUCUCUAUCAUCCCAGCAGAGAACCCAAAAUCUAAAUUAGUGGUUGGUAAGCAGAGUACCAUUAUCCAGGCUAACAUGGGGUCACUUGCUCUCUUGGCACAAGUGCCUUCACUGUGGCAGAACAGGCCCAAGUGUAGCACUGGAAGCCAUCUCUCAAUUUCCAAAAACAGAAACCUGCAGCUUGUUGUUAAGUGCAGCAGCAGAAGCAGCCCUGAUCCCCAAAUAAAUCAAGACCUUAAUUUGCAGAAGAAAACAGAAAUUUCAGAUGAAAAGGGAGAAAAAAUUGAGGUGGGUUGGAAAAGAACCGUGCCCAUAGUGUUUGACAGGCCCAAGGGCGCUGCCAUUUUAGCGGUUCUCACCAGAUUCGGAGAUGUCAUGGACCAGAAGUUUGGUUCUGUGAGCACCCUUGCCAAAGUUGGGGGCAUUGUGGCGGAGAAAGUACAGGAGGAGGCAGAUGUUCUCAGAGGCGGCGAUGAUAUGCUAGAGCUCAAGCUUAACGAGCUCAUAAGAGUGGUGAAAAUCAUGGAAAUUGACCUUCGAUUUGCCAGUGCAGCGCGUAAAGAAGAAACACUAGCUCAGAGACUGGAUGAGGCGCGCACCCAUUGUAAGCAGGCCAUAUUUAUUGCAAAUGCUCUCUAACAUUUUCUUUAAUAUAUAUAUAUCAGAAUAAUUUGGAUAAUUGGGUGUUGGGUUUGGUCUUUUAGUGUGGAUUCAUCAUCUAGAUAUACUUUAUUUAGGUAGAGUUUGUAAAUACCAUUUCGUGUUCAGUGUUUUGAAUUAAAGUAUCAACAGAGCUAGCUUGUUUAUGCCGUUAAUAAAUUAACGGAACCUGUGCUCUUUUGUUCUCUUUUCUGGCAUCUAUGCCCUAAUGGUUGUAUUCUCAGGUUAAUGAAAUACAGAGUUAUUCUUGUUGAAAAACAGGAUACAUAGAUUACAAAAUAAAUGUAAAUCAUAACUCAAAUUUUUUGUAAAUUCUACAUUCAAAGAGAUCCAACAUUUGUAUCAA